CGCUUCGCCGGAUCUCGAAGCCGCACGAUUCCGCUUCCUAAAUACGGAGAGAGAUUUACAUGCUUGGCGGAUUCGACGCAAAGGGAAAGAGUAGCAGGAGAGCUUAUGUUCUCGAUUGUAAAUUUCAUCAAUGGCGUCGACUCCCUAAAAUGCUUAUAGCUCGAAAAGGUGCAGCCGCUAAUGUAAUUGACGGUAAGAUCUAUGUGUACGUAGGAUUCAGCAGCGUUUACAAUAACGGCGUAAACGGGGGAGAGAUUUACGACCCAAAGACUCAAACUUGGGAGCCAUUUCCGCAAGGAGAAGAAGAUUUCUCCAAUAAAGAGGGUGUGACUCGAUGUGCUUUUUGUUGGAUUAUUGAGAGAAAGAAGAAAAACAGAGUAAGAGAGACAUAUCUCUUCUCUUGUGAAGAAGACAAGAACAAAACUUUGUUUUAUUGA